CUUAAAUUGCUGACUCAUAAAAAUCAUAAGAUCAGCAACAUUUUGUGAUAUUCAACCAACAAUAAAAGCAAGCGAAGCUGAAAAAAAGUGGCAGCAUAUGCAAAAAUUGUGUGAGAAAUUAAAAAGAAAAAAACUUAAAGUGAACAACAACAGCAACUUCACAACUACAACAAACGUAGCAAGUCGCAACCACAACAACGUAACAUUUAACAGCUGUUAUUUGCCUUUGGCUCUCCUGCUGCAUUCAGCGCCGCCGCCAUUGCGCAGUUCUGCUCUCGCUCUCUGGCGCAUUCAGCGCUGCGUUUCGGCCUCUCGACUGCAAGCAAGCAGCGGCAGACAUUUCACUACGCUUGGGCUGGUCGCCGCUAACGGACGUGUGAAUUUCUUUGCGCUCGGCGUCGUCGUCGCGUAACGUGCGAGACAUAGUAAAGAAGGCAGAAAGAGAAGCAAAAAAUAAGAAAAAACAAACUGUAAAUGCUUAAUAGCCGCGGCAAAGACAAACACAGCAACAACAACUGACAAAGCGCAGCGAAACAUUUAUGAUAAAAUUAUUGUAUAAAAAAGACUGAACAAAAAUUAAAUUUUUUCGCAAGCAACAACAAAUAAAUAAUAAACAAAUAAAAUAUAAAGUUGCAGCUAAAUAGAAAACGCAUAUAUUUUGUCUGCAUUAAAACAAAGACUGAUUAAAACGCUAAAUAACAACAAAAUAAUAACAUAUAUAUACAUAACAACAAUAACAACAAAUUAAUGAAAAAAAGUUAAACACGAAAAAUUGAAUACGGGUUGAAUAAGAAAAAAUCAACAUUAGUUAUAAUAGCAACUAACAAAGAAUAAAGAAUAUAACGGAAGAAGAAUUAAAGUAAAGCAAGUAACGAAAUCCAAAACUACCUGCUAACGACAUAUGGAUUAAGGUUCCUCUCGCAACAACAACAACAACCAACAACAUUAUAAAAGCCAACACACGGAUUACCUAAAAUAACAACAACAGCAGCAACUACAGUUAGUUGCAGUCUCUUUGGAUUACCAGUGCCAAUUAAAUCAACAACAACAACAACAACAAGAUAAAGUGAAUUUUUGUAUGAGCAAGAAGAAUUGCAAUUAAAGAAGCAAGCAUAGCAAUUCAGCAUAAAUGUGAGAAGCAUUUGUUGAAAGUGUGAAAGCAAAAACAAAAACGCAAAUUCAAUGCAAAAUGUUCUAAAAGUGGCAAAGUGACGAGCAACUAUUCGUAAAGAAUUAAACCUCGAAACGACAAUUUGCGAAAGCAGCAGCAGCAGCAGCAUCAUCAUUAACAACAACAACAGCAACAUGACGAUGGCCGCUUGCUAUGCGAAUUAUGACAUGUCGUCACUUUCUCACGGCAUGUCUGCUGCUGCAGUAGCUGCGCUGCAACAGCAACAGCAGCACCAACAGCAACAACAGCAGCAGCAACAUCAUCACCAUCAUCAGCAGCAGCAGCAACAGCAGCAACAACAGCACAUGUAUCAGCAUCAUGUUGCUGCUGUUGCCGCCCAUCAGCAGCAAAUGCUACAGCAGCAACAGCAGCAUCAUCAGCAGCGCCAGCAGCAGCAGCAACAUCAGUUACAACAACAACAACAGACACCCGCCUCCUCCACCUCCUCGCGCCUCUCAGCGGCAGCAGCAGUUAAUUCACGUCAAAGUGUUGCCGCCGCCGCCGCUGCUGCAGCUGCCGCUGUUGUGGUCAGCAGCAAUGGUAGCAGCAACGUUGCUGCCACGCCCGCAGUCAACAGCAAUGUUGUUGGCGGCGGCACCAGCAGCAACUCUCCACCACAGCAGAAGGACUACAGCAUUCCACUGCAUGUCGACUGCAGCGUUGAGUACGAGUUGCCCAAUCAGCCAAAGCCGCCCGCCGGCCAACGCGUCGAGCCCCUCCUCAUGAUCCAUCCCUGCUACUUUCGGAAGAUGGAGUCCCAGCGCCGCAGUCCCUUUGUUAACAACAUGCAGGCGACUGCGCGCAGUGUUGCUAACUCAACAGUGAGCUCGGCGGCGGCGCUCGGUGGUGCCAGUGCGGUGGCUACAGUAGCAGCGCCCAGCAGUGCCGCGAGACGCGCCGCCAGACAAACACAGCAGCAGCAGCAACAACAGCAGCAGCAGCAGUUGCAACAGCAGCAGGCGGCGGUAGCUGCACGACAAGUGGCGCAGUAUCAGCAGCAGCAACAGCAACUGAGGCAGCAACAGCACAGCCAACAGCAGCAAAUGUCACAAAUGUCGCAGCAAGCGCAUUAUCCAGUGCAGCAGCAACCAUUGCCGGCGCAUCAGCAGCAGCAACAACAGCAGCAGCAGCAACAACAACAACAGUCUAGUCUGGAGCACGUGCGACGCGCCCAACAGCAACAGCAGCAGCAGCAACAGCAACAACAACACCCACGUAGCAGCAGCAACCACCAAAGUCGUCUAAGCCAAAGUCAAACUAACAGCAACACCACCUCAGUAGCAGCAGCGCCCACAACAACCGCCACUCACAGCCACAGCAAUAGCGGCAGCAACGUCUCAUCAAUAGCUGUUGCCGCCGCCGCUGCCUCUGCCGCCAGUACGUUGCAACAGACAGCGCAGUGGGAUCAGCUGGCAGCGGCCAUUGCCGCUCGCUCCGCCAUGACGCCACACAUGUUGGCGCCACCGCUAUAUGCCAAAGGCAGUCUUAAUAUAGGCGCCACAGCAGCCGCCGGCAAACGCGAUGCCAUGAUUUCAGGCAGCAAUUAUCACAGCAGCAGUAACAACACUAGUGCCAGCAGCAACAACAACAGCAACAGCAGCAGCAAUGGUAGUGGCAGUAACAUCAAGCACCAACAACAGCAGCAACAGCAGCAGCAACAACAACAACAGCACUGUCUGCCACCUGUGGCAAACACUUGGGGAGAUCCAACAGUGAGUGUUGUUGCCGCACCCACUACCAACAGCAUUGCUGCAGCAGCUGCUGCGGCCCAACUGCUCAUCGAUCGCUCGCCGAUGGCAACAGUUCCUAGUAAUUAUCAGGCCGGUCCUGAAACCACGCCCAUGCGGGGAGCAGCUGCCGCCGCCCAUAUAGCCACCGAUAAGCUGAGUGGCAAAUAUCGGCAAUAUUUGCGUUCCCAACGCAUGCAUCCCUAUGCCUUGGCAGCGGCCAGCAAUUUGGCCAACAAUUUGGGCCAAACAACAUUCGCUCCCUUUACGGCAGCAACAGCGGCAACGGCGGCCAUUGCAGCAACGCCAACAUUCCAGCAUCUGCAGCAAAUCUCCUGCUAUAAUGUGUGAUCCCAUAAAACAGCAACAACAACAGCACCAUCUGCUUACUACAACAGCAACAGUAACAACUAAGCCAGCCACAGCUACAGCAACAUUGUCAACGACGCCAGCAACAUUUGAAAGCAGCGGCCAACCACCACUAGCACCAACAACAACCACAACUAAGACGAGCGUUUACCAAGUAAACGUCCAUGCCAUAGUCCUACCUAGCCCCUCCUGCAUCCCCACCCGCACCCUGCUUUAGAAUUAUAAUUUAUCAAAUUUCGUAAAAGCUACAAAUUGCCUUUAAAACGUAUAUUAUUUUGUUCUCUCUCUUUCUCACUUCUCAUUUCAAAAGCGUUGCUAAAAACAAAAAAAAAUGUUGCAAAUUGUUAAAAAAAAAGUUAAAAAGAAUAAUUGUUGAUUGAAGGAAAAAAGUAUGAAGAAAUGGCAAAGUAAAGAACAUAUUUUUGUUUCUGUAAU